GGAAAAGCAAAGACCAUCUACAGCUCUGAGGACAAAAGCAUCAGCCAUAUUGUAUUUGACCGGAAAGCAAACUGCUUUCUUUGGAGCUUGCAAAAUGAACUGCAAGUAAUGAGUCUUUUGAAGAUGAGAAAAUACUCUGCUGGUGAAGGAUGGACUUUUCCAGGCUUGAUUGCAGCUGCCUAUGAGCCAUACAUGGUGACUCUGCUCAAUGAUGUCAUCACGCUGUGGAAGCGGCAAGAUGGGACACGUGUGAAGGCAGUCACUCUGGAAAGUGGCAUUGUUGGUGUAAUUGUAGCUCUGAAGGAAAUGCAGCAAGAUGCACUUGUGGCCUCUCCACACGUGAACUGUAUAAGACCCUCUGUCUUGUGUGAAGGGACGACGUUAUGCAUAUCACAGACUCUGCUUUGUGAUGGAACACAAGACUGUCCUGAUGGAUCAGAUGAAGCUGCUUGUGUAGAGCCGUGUUCAAAAAGAGGUGACUUCCAGUGUAAGGAUAGGAGGAAGUGUGUUGUGCGAUCUCUGGUGUGUGAUGGGCACCCUGACUGUACUGAUGGCUCUGAUGAGGUGGGCUGUCCUGCUAAAACAGCCAUCAAAAAUGCGGCCCCCUUAAAGUGCCGUUUAGGCUUAAAACUUUGUAAGGAUGGCAGUGACUGUGUCCUGUACAGCCAUGUGUGUGAUGGAGAGCUAGACUGUAAAGAUGGAUCUGAUGAAGAGGGAUGUGAAUAUUUGUGCAAAGCAGGCCAGUUUCAGUGUGCUCAUGGAAGGAUGUGCAUAGACAAGAAGCUGGUGUGUGAUGGGACUCCUCAGUGUCAGGAUCGCUCUGAUGAAAUGGACUGCUUUACACGUACCAAGAGCUGCAGCCAUCGCUGUGACAAUAAGACCCGCUGCAUCCCUGAUAACUUCCUGUGUGAUGGAGAGAGAGACUGUGUUGAUGGCACAGAUGAAGCAGACUGUCAUGAGCGUUCUUCUGUUGCUGUGACUCCUAUAGUUGAAACCACUCCAGAACCACCCUGUAAAAGUCCCUCUGUAAUGUGUGAAGGCACAUCAUUAUGCAUCAGUCAGUCUCAGCUGUGUGAUGGGUUAUUAGAUUGUCCUGAUGGGUUUGAUGAACUCCACUGUUUACAUACCUGCUCAGAUCCUGGCCACUUCCUGUGUCAGAACAAGAGGAAGUGUAUUGAACAGGCCCUGGUGUGUGAUGGUCGCUCUGACUGUUCUGAUGGUUCAGAUGAGUUGCGUUGUCCUACGUGUCCUCUGCACUGUGAUGAGGGGAUGGUGUGCCUAACCAGCCAGCAGUUCUGUGAUGGACACAUGGAUUGUAAAGAUGGCUUUGAUGAGAGGAACUGCUACAAGAGUGACAAAGAUAAAGGAGCCUUAAAAUGUGCUGUGGGCUUCAAGCCAUGCAGGGAUGGAAGUGAGUGUAUCCUCUACAGUCACGUGUGUGAUGGAGAAAUGGACUGUAAGGACGGGUCAGACGAGGAGGACUGUGGAGUCAAAUCAGUCACGGUCACUCCUAAAGUUGAAACCACUCCAGAACCAAUCUGUAAAAGUCCCUCAGUAAUGUGUCCAAGCACGUCACUGUGCAUCAGUCAGUCUCAGUUGUGUGAUGGGAUGUUGGAUUGUCCUGAUGGGUUUGAUGAGCUCCACUGUCUACAUGCAUGCUCAGAUCCAGGCCACUUCCUGUGUAAGAACAAGAGGAAGUGUAUUGAACGAGCCCUGGUGUGUGAUGGUCGCUCUGACUGUUCUGAUGGUUCAGAUGAGUUACGUUGUCCUACGUGUCCUCUGCACUGUGAUGAGGGGACCGUGUGCCUGACCAGCCAGCAGUUCUGUGAUGGACGAAUGGACUGUAACGAUGGCUUUGAUGAGCGGAACUGCUAUCAGACUGGCAAAAAGGCUACAGAAGCUUCAUCCCUGAAAUGUGCUGUAGGCUUCAAACCAUGCAGGGAUGGAAGUGAGUGUAUCCUCUACGGUCACGUGUGUGAUGGGGAAAAGGACUGCAAGGAUGGGUCAGAUGAGAAGGACUGCGGUGUCAAAUCUGUCACUGUCGUUCCUAAGGUUGAAACCACUCCAGAACCAAUCUGUAAAAGUCCCUCUGUAAUGUGUCAAGGCACAGCACUGUGCAUCAGUCAGUCUCAGCUGUGUGAUGGGAUGUUGGAUUGUCCUGAUGGGUUUGAUGAGCUCCACUGUUUACAUGCCUGCUCAGAUCCAGGCCACUUCCUGUGUAAGAACAAGAGGAAUUGUAUUGAACAGGCCCUGGUGUGUGAUGGUCGCUCUGAUUGCUCUGAUGGUUCAGAUGAGUUACGUUGUCCUACGUGUCCUCUGCACUGUGAUGAGGGGACGGUGUGCCUGAUCAACCAGCAGUUCUGUGAUGGACGCAUGGAUUGUAAAGAUGGCUUUGAUGAGAGGAACUGCUAUAAGUCUGGCAAAAAGGCUGCUGAAGCUUCAUCCCUGAAAUGUGCUGUAGGCUUCAAAGCAUGCAAGGAUGGAAGCGAGUGUGUUCUCUACAGUCAUGUGUGUGAUGGAGAAAAGGACUGCAAGGACGGGUCAGAUGAGAAGGACUGUGAACGGCAAUGUAAAAAAGGGCAGUUUCAGUGUGCUCAUGGAAGGAUGUGCAUAGACAAGAAGCUGGUGUGUGAUGGGACUCCUCAGUGUCAGGAUCGCUCUGAUGAAAUGGACUGCUUUACACGCACCAAGAGUUGCAGCCAUCGCUGUGACAAUAAGACCCGCUGCAUCCCUGAUAACUUCCUGUGUGAUGGAGAGAGAGACUGUGUUGAUGGCACUGAUGAAGCAGACUGCUCUACUGAUAAUGGAGAUGCAGUCAACAGUAAGGCUUCUGAAGAGGCUUCGAUAGGUUUUUCAGCUCAGCAUCCAGACUGUAGAAGCCCCUCAGUGUUUUGUGAAAGCACAGCAUUAUGUAUGUCCCGGGUUCAACUCUGUGACGGGAAGUUGGACUGUCCUGAUGGUUCUGAUGAGCUCUCCUGUGUAGAUUCAUGUCAGAAGAUGGGUGACUUCCGCUGUAAGGACAGGAGGAAGUGUAUUGAGCGAUAUCUGGUGUGUGAUGGACGCUCAGACUGCACUGAUGGAUCUGAUGAGACGGACUGUCCUGCUGCUGCAAUGCCAAAAACUGCAGCUGCCUUAAACUGCCGUUUGGGUUCAAAACUCUGUAAGGAUGGCAGUGACUGUGUGAUGCACACCCAUGUGUGUGAUGGAGAGGUAGACUGUAAGGAUGGGUCUGAUGAAGAGGGAUGUGACCUUCAGUGUAAUCCAGGUCAGUUUCAGUGUAGUUAUGGCAGAAAGUGCAUAGACAACAAGCAGGUGUGUGACGGGGUUCCUCAGUGUCCAGAUAACUCUGAUGAAUCAACAUGCUGGACGCCAACAAGAAGCUGUGCGCUGCGCUGCGAUCAAAAUAGUCUCUGUAUUCCAGAAGUUUUUAUCUGCAAUGGGAUCAGGGACUGCUGGGAUGGAUCAGAUGAAACUGACUGCGGCAACCCUGGGCCGCAUUCCCAUUGCAAAAGUCCGUCUAUACCAUGCCUGGCAACUUCAAAGUGCAUCUCCCAGAGGCAGCUCUGUGAUGGCAGAAAGGACUGUGCCGAUGGUUCUGAUGAAAGACCAUGCCUUCAGAAAUGUCCCUAUGAUGAUGACUUCCUGUGUAAAGAUAGGAGAAGGUGUAUCGACAGGAAUCUGGUCUGUGAUGGACGUCUGCACUGCACUGAUGCUUCCGAUGAGGUGGACUGUCCAACUGCAGCUGUUUAUACCGUUGAAGCGGCUCCUGUGAAGUGCCGUUUGGGUUUGACCCCCUGUAAGGAUGGCAGUGACUGUAUCCUGUACAGUCAUGUGUGUGAUGGAGAGGUUGAUUGCAAAGAUGGGUCUGAUGAAGAGGGAUGUGAUGUGACUUGCAAAGCAGGGCAGUUUCAGUGUGCUCAUGGAAGGAGAUGCAUUGAUGCAAACCUUGUGUGUGAUGGUAAGCCACAUUGUCAGGAUCGUUCUGAUGAAAUGGACUGCUUUACGCGCACCAAGAGUUGCAGUCAUCGCUGUGACAAUAAGACCCGCUGCAUCCCUGAUAACUUCCUGUGUGAUGGGGAGAGAGACUGUGUUGAUGGCACUGAUGAAGCAGACUGUGGCUACCCUUCCCAGCUGAGAAGCUGUAGUGCCCCUUCAGUGUUGUGUCGAGGGGGAAAACUGUGCAUUUCUAACACUAAACUGUGUGAUGGAAAGCGUGACUGUCCAGAUGGUUUUGAUGAAGAAUCUUGCAUCAAAAGAUGUCCAAAAACAGGUGACUUCAUGUGUAAGGACAGGAGAAAGUGUGUUGCACGAGGUUUGGUCUGUGAUGGCCGUUCUGACUGCACUGAUGGCUCUGAUGAGGAGAGAUGUCCCACGGUUUCUAUAAAGCCAAAUAUAGCAGGUCCAUUAAAGUGCCGUUUGGGCUGGAAACCUUGUAAGGACCGACGCGAGUGUGUGCUCUACAGUCACCUGUGUGAUGGAGAGGUCGACUGUAAAGAUGGCUCUGAUGAAGAUGACUGUCAAUAUCAGUGUAGACCAGACCAAUUUCAGUGUGCUCAUGGAAGAAUGUGCAUAGACAAGAAGCUGGUCUGUGAUGGGACUCCUCAGUGUCAGGAUCGCUCUGAUGAAAUGGACUGCUUUACACGUACCAAAAGCUGCAGUCAUCGCUGUGAUAAUAAGACCCGCUGUGUCCCAGAUAACUUCCUGUGUGAUGGAGAGAGAGACUGUGUAGAUGGCACUGAUGAAGCAGACUGUAGUAAGAGUGAUAAAUCUUCAGGAACUUCAUCCCUGAAAUGUGCGGUGGGCUUCAAACCAUGCAGUGAUGGAAGUGAGUGUAUCCUCUACAGUCAUGUGUGUGAUGGAGAAAAGGACUGUAAGGACGGCUCUGAUGAGGAGGACUGUAGGCGCAAAUCUGUCCCUGUAGCUCCUACAGUUGGAACCACUCCAGAACCAGCCUGUAAAAGUCCCUCUGUAAUGUGUCCAGGCACGUCAUUAUGCAUCAGUCAGUCUCAGUUGUGUGAUGGGAUGUUGGAUUGUCCUGAUGGGUUUGAUGAACUCCACUGUUUACAUGCCUGCUCAGAUCCUGCCCACUUCCUGUGUAUGAACAAGGGGAGGUGUAUUGAACAAGCCCUGGUGUGUGACGGUCGCUCUGACUGUUCUGAUGGUUCAGAUGAGUUGCGUUGUCCUACGUGUCCUCUGCACUGUGAUGAGGGGACGGUGUGCCUGACCAUCCAGCAGUUCUGUGAUGGACGCAUGGAUUGUAAAGAUGGCUUUGAUGAGAAGAAAUGCCGUAAGAGUGACAAAAAUGCUGCAGGAGCUUCAUCCCUGAAAUGCCCUCUGGGCUUCAAGCCAUGCAGGGAUGGUAGUGACUGUGUCCUCUACAGUCAUGUGUGCGAUGGCGAGAAAGAUUGCAAGGAUGGGUCAGAUGAGAAGGACUGUGAACGACAGUGUAAAAAAAGCCAGUUCCAGUGUGCCCAUGGGAAGAUGUGUAUAGACAUGAAGCAUGUGUGUGAUGGGACCCCUCAAUGUCAAGAUCGCUCCGAUGAAAUGAACUGUUUUAAACUGUCUGAGUCCUGCAGCCAUCACUGUGAUAACAGAAGCCGCUGCAUUCCUCAAACUUUCCUUUGUGAUGGAGAGCGAGACUGUUUAGAUGGCACAGAUGAGACUGACUGUACAAAGGAGCCAUGUUUACGAGGGCAAUUUCAGUGUGCCAGUGGACAAUGUGUCUCCACAAGUGUCCGUUGUGAUGGUCAUGCAGAUUGCCAUGAUCAGUCUGAUGAGAAGAACUGUCGUAAACCUCCACACUGCCCCCUGGAGCAGCGCUGCCCUAACAGCCAUGUGUGCCUGCUGAAAGAGUGGUUUUGUGAUGGAGACAAAGACUGCAUUGAUGGGUCUGACGAACAGAACUGCAAGGCCUCUCCUAUGCAAUGUGGAACUUUCCAGUGGUCUUGUGCAUCUAAAGAUCAGUGCAUUCCCACGUUUUGGAGGUGUGAUGGAGUUAAGGACUGUAAAGACCAGAGUGAUGAAGCUGGAUGUGGCCCAGUGAAAUGCCCCAUGUACAUGUUCAAGUGUGGCAGUGAGGAGUGCUUGGAUUCCCAGAUGGUGUGUAAUGGCAUUGCUAACUGUCUGGAUGAAUCUGAUGAGGGUCCAGGUUGUCUCAGCAAUAACUGCUCCAGCCCACACCCACCACAAUGCGAGCACUACUGUGUCAACACUCCCCAUGGAGCGAGGUGUGGGUGUCGAACAGGCUUCAAGGUCCAGGCAGACAGUUUAUACUGUGCAGAUGUAGAUGAGUGUAUGGAGAUUCAGCCUCCUGUGUGUAGCCACGGAUGCGUGAACACUCAUGGCUCGUACGUGUGCCAGUGUCCUCCAGGUUUUAUACUGGAGCCAGAUGGCAGCAGCUGUAAAACAGAAAAGGAGCCUGGUCUUUUGGCAUCAGUGCAGUAUGAGGUGCUGUUUAUGGGCCUCCGGAGCAGCAACAUGCAGAUGCUUCUUCCCCCAGGCCAGAAGCCCAUCUUCUCUCUGGACUAUGACUGGAGGCAACAGUGUGUGUUCUGGGUCUGUCUACAGGAGGAAAGCAUCAAAUAUUUCCUGCAUGGAGAAAAGGGCAAUAUCAAGACACUUGUUAAAGGUGUGAAAUCAGACUCGAUUGCUGUAGACUGGGUUGCAGGAAACCUGUACUGGGUGGAUGGAGUAGCUGGCCAGAUUUUAGCUGUAAGGAUUAGUGACCGUGUAAUGAAGCGACAAAACUUCACCGUGAUUGUGGAUGAAGAGCUGGAGCAGCCUCAUUCUCUGGUGCUUUUACCUCAGAAAGGCAUAAUGCUGUGGUCAGAGAUUGGGAAGGAGCCCCAGAUUGAGUGUGCUGGCAUGGACGGUUCAGAGAGGAAGGUGCUACUCAGCCAUGGCUUAAACUGGCCUGUAGCCUUAGCUGUGGAUAUUGUGUCUGACAGAAUCUUCUGGGUAGAUGAGAAGCUCAAGUGCAUUGGUUCAGCCACAAUGAAUGGCGAAGAUAUCAAGCUGCUACAGUUGACUGAGAUGUCAAGCCCUUUCUCUGUGGCAGUGUUUAAUGACAUGGUGUACUGGUCUGACACCCAGAGAAAGGCUAUCCAUGGGGCUAACAAAAUAACUGGCAAGAACCAGAAAGUUAUUCUCAAAAGACCUGGUCAACCAUUUGGGCUCAAAGCUGUACACCCCCUUAUCCAGUAUAAGGUGCCUAACCCCUGUGAGAAACUCCAAUGUUCUCACAUGUGUGUACUAGCCCCAGGGCUCCAUGCAUUAUGUCGUUGCCCUGCAGGACUGCUGUUGGCUGAGGACGGAUUUACCUGUAUCCCACCUGAGAACUCCUCUACUUCCUUCCUACUGCUGCUCUCUCCUACUAGACUCACGAAGGUUUUCACUAGAAGCUUGCUUGGUCAGGUUGGAUUAAAUCAGUGGCCUGCCCACCAUGCCCAGUCUCUUCCUGGCAUAAAUGAGGCCUCAGAUCUAGACUUGGUUCUUGGUGACAACACACUCUAUGUGGCAGAUGUCGGACAGGACUCUGUGGCUCGGAUUAAAGUGGAUGACUCCACGUUGAUGCCUGAUGGCCAGAUCUUGAAUUUACCAGGGGAUACGUUGACUGCGCUGGCUGUGGACUGGAUCACACACAACUUGUAUUGGAGCAGCAGCAAGAAGCCUCAGAUCUACGUCACGUCAGCAGAUGGAAAGUUCACCAGCCUUGUUCUGCAGGCUGGGCUUCAGGACACUACAUCUAUUGCGCUACACCCACCCACAGGCAGGAUGUGCUUCACAGCCAUAGGGUCAUCAGGGAAUGUUGCUUUGCCCCAGGUAGACUGUGCUGCCAUGGAUGGCCGGAAUCAAAUGUUGCUUUGGAAGAAAACGCAGCUUCCCAGUUUUUUGACUUUUUCAAGCCAAGGCACAACAGUGUACUGGGCAGAUAUUGCCACUGAAGUUAUUUGCUCUGUGAACAUCGACGGAUCAAAUUACCGGGAAUAUAAAACUGGAACUGGAUCUCCUUUAAUUGCGUCUUUAACCCGAAGUGACAAUAUCCUCUUCUGGAUCACCCGGUACAAUGGUACAACAACUGUAUGGUACAGUGAUGGCAUCCAGCCUAAACAGUUGUGGUUUGAAGUUCAAACAAACAUUAUAGCAGUGAAGGCAUACAGUGCAAACAGCCAGAAAGGAACCAACCUGUGUGCGGAGGAUAAUGGUGGCUGUAGUCACUUGUGCCUGGCAUACCCAGGAGGGCAUACGUGCCGCUGUACAGAAGGCUACAUUGCUGUAAAUGACAUCCAGUGUGUACCUGGCCUAAAGUGUCCAGCAGGCUCUAUGCCUUGCAGAGAUGGGUACAAGUGUCUCUCUUCUACCCGGUUUUGUGACCAAAUCCCAGAUUGCCAAGAUGGCUCUGAUGAAGAGGGCUGCCAUGCUAAGGAAAAUGAGGUGUUGGUCCACACAACGAGUGGCCAGUCCUGCAGUUCUGAGCUCUGUAAUGGCAGAGGGCACUGUAUGGUGCAAAAAGGGAAACCAGUCUGCGAGUGUGUGCAGGGUUACAGUGGGUAUUUCUGUCAGGAUGAGGCAUCCAGCAGUGUUCCUGUCAUCCUUACAGUCCUCUUUAUUGUCUGCUUAGUUAUUGCUGCAGCUGUAUUUCUAAAAUGGAGAAGAUGGAAAGCAGGACGAGAGCAGCCCAUAGAUAAAGAAAAUCUCAUGAAGGACAUGGAGGAACAGGAGGCAUUCCCUGAAAACUUUUCCAAUGAACUCUACAACCCAGUGGAGGAGGAGCAUACAACACCUGUUGCAUGAUGGAUUAUAUUUAAAUAAAAGUAUUAAGCUGAAAA